GAGUCAGAGAGAAGGCGUUACAGAAAUUAUAGGGAAAACGAAAGCUGCAACAUUUUAGUGUAAAGUUGUAACAGCCUAACAACAACUGGGUUUACAAGCUUCGUCUGUAUCUAUCUCUCCUUCAGACUCGGUCCCUUCCUCCUACUUCUCCGAGAUAUUACAAUAAACCAAAUUAUUAAAAAAAAAAAGUUUCCAUCAUCAAAUAUGUUAUUGAGGUUUCCAUGAUUUAUAACCAACCAUUCUGCAACACUCUUUUGUAUUUGCGGAAAUACCAAAGACUGAACUGAAGAAAGAAGAUGGCUUCCUUGAAACUGGGUUCUAAAUCUGAAGUCUUUCAUCUAAGUGGUCACACAUGGCUUUGCUCGACUGGUCUUAAACCCGAUGUAAUGAUCCAAGUCGAGGAACAAAGCUUCCAUCUCCAUAAGUUUCCGUUGUUGUCAAGAAGUGGAUAUCUAGAAGCUCUGUUCGGCAAAGCAUCUGAGACAACCUCUGUUGCUCAGCUUCAUGACAUUCCCGGUGGACCAGACACGUUCUUGCUUGUGGCCAAGUUCUGUUACGGUGUCAGAAUUGAGGUCACACCUGAAAACGUUGUCAGUCUCAGAUGUGCAGCAGAGUAUCUCCAAAUGAGUGAAAACUAUGGGGAUGCUAAUCUCAUCUAUCUCACCGAGAGUUUCCUCAACGAUCACGUUUUCGUAAACUGGGAUGAUUCUAUCAAAGCCUUGGAGAAAUCAUGUGAACAACCUAAAGUGUUACCUCUUGCUGAAGAACUUCACAUUGUCUCUAGGUGCAUUGGUUCUUUAGCCAUGAAGGCUUGUGCAGAGGACAACACCAGUUUUUUCAACUGGCCAAUCUCGCUACCAGAAGGAACCACCACUACUACGACCACUACUACGUUCUGGAACGGAAUACAAACAAAGUCCACGAGCCAGAACUGGUGGAUCAACGAUGUUUCAUCAUACCUCGGUCUUCCAAUGUACAAAAGGUUCAUCAAAACAGUUGAGUCCAGAGGCGUAAAAGCGGAUACUAUAGCAGCAUCUGUCACGCAUUACGCCAAACGGAAUCUCCCUUUACUCGGCUGUUCUAGGAAGACUGGCUCUUCUUCAGAGGAAGGUACUAAUUAUGGAGAUGACAUGUACUACUCACAUGAAGAUCAAAGAAGUCUCCUUGAGGAAAUCGUGGAACUACUCCCUAACGAUAAAUGCGUUACAUCUACCAAAUUCUUGCUCAGGCUUCUUAGGACAUCCAUGGUUCUGCACGCGAGUCAUGUCACUCAAGAUAUUCUGGAGAAGAAAAUUGGUGAGCAGUUAGACAAAGCUGCUCUAGAGGAUCUGCUAAUACCAAACAUGGGAUACUCUGCUGAGACACUCUAUGAUAUCGACUCUGUCCAGCGGAUUCUUGAUCACUUUAUGUUGAUGUUGGAUUCGAGCAUCGUCGAGGAGAACCAGGUUAUGGGAGAAUCUUAUCCUCUUAAGUCCAUCACAAAGGUUGCUAGUCUGAUAGACGGCUACUUAGCAGAGGUCGCAUCAGAUGAGAACUUGAAGCUAUCCAAAUUUCAAGCUCUUGGUGCUCUAAUCCCGGAAGAUGUGAGGCCAAUGGAUGACGGUAUCUACCGCGCAAUCGAUAUAUACAUUAAGGCUCAUCCAUGGCUGACAGAGUCAGAGAGGGAGCAACUAUGUCUGCUGAUGAACUGCCAGAAACUGUCACUGGAGGCAUGCACACACGCAGCACAAAACGAGCGUCUACCAUUGCGUGUCAUAGUACAAGUAUUGUUCUUUGAACAGAUGCGGCUUCGGACAUCUAUAGCAGGAUGGUUAUUCGGCUCGGAAGAUAACAAUGACUCAAGCGGGGCGUUAGAAGGAAACAAGAACGGGAACGCAAAUAUGGUGAUCCACGGGAUGAGAGAGCGCGUUUACGAGCUUGAAAAAGAGUGCAUGAGCAUGAAGCAAGAUCUUGACAAGCUCGGCAAGACAAAAGAAGGACGCAACUUCUUCUCAAAGAUAUUCGGAUUGAGGUCUAAGACUAAGACUUCACCAUGCGGCAAAGGAGGUGACGAUCUAAUGGUUCCUGAAACCAAGAACUGAUAGAGAAGAGAGAGCAAUAACUAAUAACGAUAUUACAUAAUUUUUACUCUUUAAUUAGGCACUGUGGUUCCUUUUUGUUAUUGAAUUUACAUGUUUUGGACUCUUUCAAAGUCGUAGGACUAUUUGGAGACACUCUUAAACCAUAAGGGCAUCUCCAUCGGGGUCUCUGAACCAUGGUCUCUGAUA